UAAGAUUUUGAACUAUAUAUACACGUGUUACCCUACGAAUACUUCAAUAUCUUUGCUAUAUUAAAGUAUUUUUCAGACAUACAACUAGGCAAGUGUAAUACUUUCAAAUCAUUGAUAGCCUUACCUUUUUCCUCUGCCUUCGUUUACUGUCAGAUGGAGAAAAUGUAUUGGAGGGAGGAGCAGAAACAAUCAUUAAAUUCUCCAUUGAUUCAAGUUUGUGGAGAAACUGAGGUUGAGAAUGGUGUUAGAAGAAAAGAAAUUGUUGAAGAAGUAAAGAAGCAGCUAUGGCUAGCUGGGCCUCUUAUUUCUGUGAGUCUAUUACAAUUUUGCUUACAGAUGAUAUCUGUAAUGUUCGUUGGUCAUCUUGGUGAGUUAACUCUCUCCGGUGCUUCCAUGGCAACGUCCUUUGCUUCAGUCACUGGUUUCAGCUUACUGAUGGGAAUGGCAAGUGCAUUGGACACCUUAUCUGGGCAGUCAUAUGGGGCAAAACAAUAUCACAUGAUGGGUAUACUUAUGCAGAGAGCCAUUCUUGUACUUGUAGUUGUUAGUAUACCUCUUGCUGUUAUUUGGGCAAACACAGAACCUAUUCUAGUAACCUUAGGCCAAGAUCCUGCUAUAGCUGCUGAAGCUGGGAAAUAUGCCAAGUUCAUGAUCCCAAGUAUCUUUGCCUAUGGCCUUCUUCAGUGUCUGGUUAGAUUCUUGCAGACCCAAAACAUUGUUUUCCCAAUGAUGGUUUCCUCAGGAAUGACUACUUUGAUCCAUAUCCUUGUGUGUUGGGUACUGGUAUUCAAAUCUGGACUUGGAAGCAGAGGAGCUGCCAUGGCGAAUUCCAUUUCUUAUUGGAUCAAUGUGUUAUUGUUAGCACUUUAUGUGAUGUAUUCUCCUUCGUGUGCAAAAACAUGGACCGGCUUUUCCAAAGAGGCUUUAAGAAACGUUCCGACAUUUGUAAGACUUGCCAUUCCUUCAGCUGUGAUGGUGUGCUUGGAAAUGUGGUCUUUCGAAAUGAUGGUCCUUUUAUCAGGCCUUCUACCCAAUCCAACUUUAGAAACCUCAGUUCUUUCUGUCAGUCUAAACACAGCUUCAACUGUAUGGAUGAUCCCUUUCGGACUCAGUGGUGCUGUAAGUACUCGGGUUUCAAAUGAACUGGGAGCGGGGCGUCCAGACGCAGCUCGUUUAGCAGUGUGUGUUGUGUUAGUUAUGGCCAUUACUGAGGGUUUGUUGAUUGGUUUAGUAUUCAUACUUGUCCGCAAUGUCUGGGGCUAUGCUUAUAGCAAUCAAGUAGAAGUAGUCAAAUAUGUAGCAGCAAUGAUGCCAAUACUAGCGAUCUCCAAUUUCCUAGAUGGGCUGCAGUGUGUUCUCUCAGGUACUUGUAGAGGAUGUGGAUGGCAGAAAAUUGGAGCAUACGUAAAUCUUGGGUCCUAUUACUUAGUAGGAAUUCCAUCAGCUGUUUUGAUGGCUUUUGUCUUGCACGUUGGUGGAAAGGGUCUUUGGUUGGGGAUAAUAUGUGCACUCAUUGUACAAGUGAUAUCUCUUUUCACAUUCACCAUAAAAACAGACUGGGAGCAAGAGGCAAAGAAGGCAACAGACAGAGUCUAUGAUUCUAUAGUUCCUGUACAGCUAGUCUCAUGACGCUGAGCCAAUGCUCAUAAACAAGCUAGAUAAACAUAAAUUUAAUUCAAUGCACAAAAAAUUUGAUCAAUAAAUGGUUUCACUUAUCAUGAUUUGAGUGAGGUACUGAUCAUUUAUUGUCUGAAGAGUAGAGAUAUACAACCUAGUUGUGGGCCUCAACACGCGAGCCUAUCAAAAUAAUUCUUAGAUGUUAGUAUAUUAGUUUUUCAUGUAAUGAUGUCAUUUUCAAACUGGAAGUAAGUGUUUCUCAUAGAGAAAGCACAAACGUUCGUGAAUCUGUGCUUUAGUCAACUUGGUUUGUAGUAUAUCUUUUUAAUUGGGUCAUAUUGUAUUGUUUUCGUAUAUGUAAUAUUAUUACAUUUUUUUUUUUUGAAUGAAAUAUCAACUUCAUUAAA